CUGGAAGCUCAGUUGACCAGCGUCGCAACUGGGCGAUGCGCCUCCCGGAGAGCUUCUCUACAUUCGUGCGGCGGAUUUGACGUUAGCACCGCAGCUUGCAGCCUCACAUCUGAUUGACAUUUAGUUUCCCCCCACCGACCACCGCAACCCCUCUCCUCCUCAGUCAUUUCUUUGGCUCACGUCACUCUAAUUUUGAGAGAAAACUACUUACAAGACGAGGUUUUCGGCUGCGUAUCUGAAAACUGACCGCUGGAGACGAGCGCUUUACUUCCUCUUGAACGACCCCUCACCUCUUCCUCCCUCGUGGGAGAAUUUGCUUUCAAAAUACCGAUUUCCAGUCCGAGACAACUGAUAACUUAAUCGAAGAUGGUGCGGGAAACGACGGACAGACUCGCCUGAUUCUGGUAAUCCGUGUGUUCGGUUUGCGUGUGUCGGAGGCUGGACAGCAUCUUCAGAGGGACCACAGAGCGCGGAGGAGGCUUUUCACCGUCACCGUCUGCACGCUGUUUGAAGGAGUGUGACCUGCGGCCAUGCUGUCACUGGACGAGCCGCUGGACCUGAAACUUCCCUCUGGACGGACAGAUGGUCCGGUGAGGUUAGGAAAGAGAGCUUGUCCUUCGUCUAUCUGUGCCCCACUCGGCUCCACACGACCACGUCUGCUAUGCACAACCUUUCCUUCACCCCCAUCCUCCCCAGAUUCCCAGUCUCCCUCUCAAGAACGACCCGGGUCCUGCUUCAGUCCUCCAGCCAUGGACCUCAGCCUGUCACCGUCCUCCCGCCAUGCCUCCUCCCUCUCCCCGUCUCCUUCCUCCCCCUCCUCCCUCUCCCCUUCCUCUCCCCAGGAGUCCCCCCGCAGAAGCAGCAGCCCUCAGCCUCAUCUGUUCUCACGGGAGCCAGCUCGUCAUCGAGGUGUGGAGGGCGGAGCUUCACCACAGGGAUAUCCGUUCUACCUGCCGGUCGGAAGUUCGCCGAGGGCCUACAGCUUUCCCUCCAUGUUCAUUUGUCAGAACAGAGAGAAGCAAGUUUCACCGGAGUCCUCACUGGAUGGUCAGCUGGCCUGCCGUUGGAUGAAGUGCCACCUGCUGUUCGACUCGCUGCAGGACUUGGUCGAUCACAUCAAUGAUUUCCACGUAAAGCCUGAAAAGGAUUCUGGGUACUGCUGCCUGUGGGAGGGUUGUGCUCGUAACGGGAGAGGCUUCAAUGCCAGGUAUAAAAUGCUGAUUCAUAUUCGCACACACACCAACGAGAAGCCACACCAUUGUCCCACCUGUAACAAGAGCUUCUCACGCCUGGAGAACCUGAAGAUACACACCCGCUCCCAUACAGGAGAAAAGCCCUACAUCUGCCCUUACGAAGGCUGCAGCAAACGUUACUCCAACUCUAGCGACCGCUUUAAACACACCCGCACCCACUACGUUGACAAGCCUUACUACUGCAAGAUGGCAGGCUGCCUGAAGCGCUACACAGAUCCCAGCUCGCUACGCAAGCACAUCAAGGCACACGGGCACUUUGUUGCCCAGGAGCAAGGAGCUCCGAGCCGGCUGGGGACGGGUCUGAGCAACACCGGUCACCAGAGCACAGCUGAUCUGCCAUCUCUAGGCGGGGCCCACAUCAUCAUCCCUGGGGCGGCUGCAGCUCUUCUUGGAAGCCUGGGGACCACCUUGCCUCUUUCUGCUUUCUGCCAUGCCAGAGCCCUGGCCCACCAUGGGGCACCACUCUUCUCCCUGGGUGGAGGAGGAGGAGGAGGAGGUGGCAGUGUCAUGGGGCCGCUCGGACUCUCGGACUCUCCUCUGAUACACUUUGGAGCUGCAUCAAUGUUAGGCCUGGGAGCUCUGAGGGGUCUGGGACAGACUUCAGGGAAGGAGAUGGAAGGUGAAGAGAAAGAAGCGGAAGGAGAAGAGGGGAAAGUACUGAACCUGUCUGCAGGGGUGGGCCCGAGGCGAAGUGACCCUUUGUCCUGGGUGGUGGUUCCCCCGAGGGCUCUCCUCCUCAAACCGGCUGUUGUCAGCUAGGAUGUGCACUCCGCAAUACAUAGAAGCAGGGAGUGUGUGUUUGUGUUUUGCCCAUUUUUGCAUGCAUGUAUGACUGGGUGUGUGUACUCGGUCAUACAUACAUGAUUAUGAUGAGUGUGUGUGUGUGUGUGUGUGUGUGUGUGUGUGUGAGGGAUCAAAGUCGCUGUCACUUGCAGAGCCAUAAAAAGCACUUCAGUCAUUCCAGCCAAGAAACAAAUGAAGACAGACUGAAAGACUGAAAACUACAGAAGUCUUUGUGUUGAAUGUACAAAACCUAAACAACCUUUGGGUGUUGGGUUGCAAAACGCUUAAGCAUCAUUCAGCUGGCUUAAACUUUAAAGGGUCAGUUCAGCCAAAUUACAAAGAAAGCUGUGCUCGGUAUAGCAAUGCUGGUCGGUCAGUUGGUCCGCCACUUUGGUGCUGACUGAAAUAUCUCAAUAACUAAAUUGUCGAGACAUUCGCUGUCCCCAGAAGAUAAUUCCUUAACUUCUCAGUUUGUCCAAUACUUGGACUGUUGGUUUAUGACCAAAAAUAUGACUUUAACCUCAUCUAACCUUUUUUGUUUGUUGUUUAUAAUAAACUUGUAGCAUGCUAAUGUGCUACACUAAAAUCCUUAACAAGGUGAACACAUCCGCUUAACAUUAGCUGGUUAGUAUACUGCGUUAUGAACAUUGCUUGUGUGGCUGUGGACUCUUAGUCCUGUUGCAGUAUUAUGAGCCUUACAAAUCAGAAUCUGUUAAAGGUGGUGGCACAUGUUUCAGAGGUGGGAGUCUCAAAACCUCAGGACAAAAACCCAAAUCUAUCUGCAUGUUUCAAUGUGUGAUUUGAUUGAACUGACCCGUUAACAAUCCUUGAUUCAGCCCUCUCCUUCUGUUCAUGGUCAAAAAGAAAACAGCGGACAAUCACCUCUGUUGGAUUUACAAAACCAGGCCAUGAAAAGAGAAGGUACACUAACCGCUUUGUAGUUUUUGUGUUUGACAAUCCCCACUGACUGCUUCCACUGACCCACAUUUCUUUUUACUCGUGAAUAAAUAUGGGGAAAAGCAUGACUGAGGGGAGCCAUGGGACGUACAAUCCAUACACAACAAAUUAAUGUAACAUUAACACGUAAAGAUCUACUUUUGUUCCGUCAAUCCAUAUUUUCCAUUGGGCAACUUUUGUGAAAGUAAGGCAUUAAAUCAAUUGGAUUCAAGGUGAUUUGGAAUUGAACCUGUCUGUGUCUGAUUUACAGUGUAAUAAUAAUAAUAAUGAUAACAAUAAACAAAAAUAUCAUUAAAUAAAAUAAUAACAAUACAGAGCUGUAACAAUGUUGGAACACAGCAAACAAAAUAAUUCCCCCCCGUCUAAGAAACUUUUUCCCCACCUGCAUGCCUCCAGGACCCAAACUGCUCUGCCACCGACUGGCUAUUGUUUGUUGCUCGGGGUUUGAAGAUAAACACAACGCUGCCAUGCAUUCAUGGCUAAUUCUGUCUCUGAUUUGAGUCUGUAAAAUGAUACCAGUGUGGCUGCUGGCUGCUCCAUUGUUUGUUUUAACACAGAGAACUUUGACUUAGUGUGACACAUUAACAACACUAUGACAUGUAGUGAAAGAUCUCAGCAUAAUCCGCACAAAGCUAUCAGCUGGAACGUGAUCUUUUAAGAAAUAGAGAAAACUGUUUUUGCUGAGGCAACUGAAUGUAUGUUUGAGGCUAACUCCCUUGCUUGCAGUUUAUCAAAGCUAUUUGCUCUACCAAUCUUUUCAAGACAAAGAUCCCCUCAGGAUCGGCCCUGCCUUUUAAACAAGACAUUGGAUUGAAGAGGGCAGCAUUCAAGUAGGAGAAAGGUAAACAAAGGUGUGUAUUAGACUUCAGCGGGUACACAUUUGCUUCAGAAGAAUGUUAAAAGACAAAAAGGUACACGAGGAGAAGCCAAGCUAAGGUCUGAAAACCGGUCUCACAAGUAUUUUUGAAGAGUGAAUGUUUGACAAUGGCCGCAUGUGGCCUGUAUCUGUGUUGAUGUUAUCCUGUACUCUUUUUUGUUUUUAUGUUUUUUUUUUGCACAUUGAUUUAUCCUUAUCAGUAUCUCAAUCAGUGCCUUGAGUUUCAAUUGAAAUUAUAUCACACAAUAUAUGGCAAAUAUUUACACAAAUGUAAAGUGUAUAAAUGUACUUUUCAUUGCAUUUUAGAAAACUGAAAUUUAAUAACUUGACAACAGAUGUGAUUUGUACAUCAGGGCCAAUGCAACACUUUUGAACAACAUCACUAUGACAAUGACUCCAUGUCAAUAAAGACAAACAACUAA